AUGGUUCUUAAGGAGCAAAGUCUCAUUAACCAGUCUUCUCUGGAAGAGUUUCUUCUCAUGGAUUUCUCAGAUGUUCGAGAACUGCAGCUUCUACACUUCAUGGUAUUCCUGGUUUGGUACCUGGUAGCUGCAACAGGGAACCUACUCAUCAUCUCUGCUGUAGCCUGGGACCACCACUUGCACACCCCCAUGUACUUCUUUCUGAUAAAUUUGGCCAUACAGGACAUUGGACAAAUUUCAGUGAUUAUCCCCAAAUCUAUAUUUAAUUAUCUCUUAAAUACCAGACACAUUUCAUAUUUUGGAUGUGUUGCUCAAGUCCUUCUGUUUGUCUUCUUUUUAGCGUCUGAUUUCUCCCUUCUUACAGUCAUGGCAUAUGAUCGCUAUGUUGCCAUUUGCAAUCCAUUACAAUAUGAAAAAGUGAUGAAUAAACAAGCCUGCAUUCAUAUGGUUAUUGUUGUAUGGAUUUUCAGCUUUUUCUAUGGAGUGUUACACACUGGAGGCACCUUUGCAUCACCCUUUUGUUCCAACGUUAUCAAUCAAUUUUUCUGUGAGAUCCCACAGUUACUAAAGCUUGCCUGCUCUGACUUGUAUUUGAUUGAAAUUGGUGUUCUUUCCUUCAGUGCCACAGUUGGCUUAGGCUGCUUUGUUUUCAUUGUCGUGACUUAUGUGCACAUCUUCAAUGCAGUGCUGAAAAUCCCUUCAGUGCAGGGGAGGCAAAAAGCUUUCUCAACCUGCCUUCCCCACCUCAUUGUUGUCUCCGUAUUUUUAUCCACUGGAUAUUUUGCUUACCUCAAGCCCACCUCUACUUCCCCCUCCCACCUGGGUUUGGCCCUAACCAUGAUGUAUUCCAUGGUCCCACCUUUGAUGAAUCCAGUAAUCUACAGCAUGAGAAACAAGGAGAUAAAACAUGCUCUGUCAAAACUACUGGGCUUGAGAUACUCUCCUUGGAAUACCUUCUCCAUUCUUGGUCUGCAAAGAUGA